AUAAAGCACUGACGAAGCGGCACUGUGACCAUGUCCCUAUUUUUUCAUGCUUGUUAGAGAGACAGGUAAAGUUGCUGAAAGGAGCUGCUUUUUCUCGUGUAUCUGCUAGAGCUGUUAUAGGCACUUGAGCAAUUUGGAAAUGUCGAAUUUAUUGCGGCAUUCUUUGAGCAAAUUCACUUUCAGUCCAAACGGAACACCAACUGGGAGAGAAAAAGUAACACCAAAACAUAAGCAUCUGAGACCAUUUCAAUGUGUGCUGACACAGGAUAACAGAAGCAUUGCCGUCAAGAAUGGCAAUGAUUCAUUGGUCAUAUGUCGGGUUGUGAAUGGGAUGUGGCAGACGAGUGGUGGGUGGGGCAGAAUUGAUAGGGAUGAUGCUGUUGAUGCUAUGCUUAAAUAUGCUGAUGCUGGCCUCACCACUUUUGAUUUGGCUGAUAUAUAUGGACCUGCUGAAGAUCUAUAUGGGAUUUUCAUUGAUCGAGUUCGUCGAGAGCGUCCUCCAGAAUUAUUGGAACAGGUCAGAGGUCUCACUAAGUGGGUGCCUCCGCCAGUUAAGAUGACUAGUAGCUACGUAAGAGACAGCAUAAAUGUUUCAAGGAAGAGAAUGGAUGUGGAAUCCUUGGACAUGCUUCAGUUCCAUUGGUGGGAUUAUUCGAAUCCAGGCUACCUGGAUGCACUAAAACACCUAACAGAUUUGAAAGAAGAAGGUAAAAUCAAGACUGUGGCUCUGACAAAUUUUGAUACAGAGAGAUUACAAAUUAUUCUUGAAAAUGAGAUUCCUGUUGUAAGCAAUCAGGUGCAACAUUCACUUGUUGAUAUGCGUCCCCAACAGAGAAUGGCAGAGCUUUGUCAGCAUACAGGAGUCAAACUGAUAACGUAUGGAACGGUAAUGGGUGGUCUGUUGUCGGAGAAGUUCCUUGACACCAACAUAUCUAUUCCUUUUGCUGGUCCUGCAAUAAACACCCCCUCCCUCCAAAAGUACAAAAGGAUGGUAGAUGCUUGGGGAGGAUGGAGUUUGUUCCAGGGACUGCUUCGGACUCUUAAACAAGUAGCUUCUAAACAUGGCGUUUCGAUCGCAACUGUUGGUGUGAAGUAUAUACUAGAUCAGCCUGCAGUAGCAGGAUCAAUGGUUGGUGUCAGACUAGGCUUGGCAGAACAUAUUCAAGAUACCAAUGCUAUCUUUUCGCUUGUUCUUGAUGAAGACGACGUGAACAGCAUAAGAGAAGCCACAGCGAAAGGAAAGGAUCUGCUUAAAGUGAUUGGUGAUUGUGGAGAUGAGUACAGGCGUGCAUGAGUCAUGUUGACUUAUCAACCUGGUGAAAUGCUUUCAUUUAUUAAGAACAAGGGGAUGAAAAAAAAGGGAGGGGACAAAGGAAAAGUGUUCGAGCCCAAUUUUGUGUCAGUUGAAGAAUUUGUAUGUAAUACUUUUAUGGAUUACUCAGUACUGAUCAAAAGACAAAAUAAAUGAAAGGAGAAAGUAAUGUAUUCUGUAGUAUAUAUCUUGUGAGAUUUAUGCAAACUUUCCUCAUAUAUUGGCCACCUCAAAGUAUAGAAACUUUGGUGAAUCACUGAACAAGAAUUACACUUAGCUCUAAGUUGAUUUUUGCAUGGAAGGAAGUAGUUAAUGAUC